UAUUUUACCGUUUUGUCGGCGUGAUUAAUAUACAUACAUACAUAUCUCCACAAAAUUACAGCUCCCUAGUGCCAAUAGUUUCCAAGCAAAACCUCGGAGACAGACUGACAGGCAUAUCGAAACUAUAAGGGUUCCUUGUCAGGACUACGGAACCCUAAAAAGAUGUGCAUCCGUGCCAAAGAGUAAAAUUGACCAUUUUAUUUGGAAAAUAAUUUAGGGCUAGGGGGGCCUCUGUAGUAGAAAAAAUUCAAUUAUUUAGGUAUUUAGUUAAGUAAAGCUGUUAGAAAUGUUCAUGGGAAAACAAAUCAGGUAGAUCGUUAGUAGAGCUUUAAAACGUACCUAUAUCGAAUUUAAUUAGGAAGUCGCAGCUAAUUGGAUUUAGAACGGCGUAUUAAUUAGUCAAGAGGAGGUUAUAGUGCAUGUGUAAGAACGUAAUUCGCCAUGCGCGGCGCAGUUGGCUGCAAUCACUUGAUAACUGCUCUCAGAUUGUUUUAUUACUUUAGUAUAGCGUUAGAAUUAUAGGCGUCUACACGUAGGCUAAACGAAUCGUUCAGUGUACCUACCACGUGAUAAAAUUAUGUGCAGUAAAAUUGUGCCAUAUGAAAAAUUUAUACAGUGGCUAGUGUGUGUACUUUCAGCAAAAUAAAUAGUUGAUAGGUACUAGUGAUGCAUACAAAAUUUGGUACCAGAAAAGUGCAAAGGUGUAAACUUCGUCUAUUCGCUGUGUGCAAAUGUGUUUUAUUAGAUUACCAAUAGAAAGAAUAAUGAAUUUAUGGAUUUCGAUUGUAUUUCUAAUUUGGAAAUUCACAUCAAAUUAUGUGGAUGCAUAUCGCCUUUAUAAUUUUGGACAACAUAGUGGACCACGCGUUCAACGGCCAAUUCUCAAACCCCAACCGCUUCCCAGUUGCUUUUUAAAUAAAAAAUGGUUUGAUUGUCCUAUUAUGUCAAGAGAUAUGAUAUUAAACUUGCUCACCAACGCACGUGGUAGAGACGCACAUUACAAUAGCGAAAGUAUGUUACACAGGUUAUUCGAAGCUGCCUACAAUCACAAUGAACAAGGUCUUUCGAGAAAUUUAGCACCAGUGAUAUCUUACCCGCGACCAAGGAUGCAAGAACCCCGCUUAAGUUGGGUCCCGCAACGAAGAACUUUAAAUGAAGAUAAAGAGUAUACAUAUCCCAAAACAGCCACAUCUAGUCCUGUAUUAAAUAAUAAUAUUGCACUUUGGCAAGUAACACCAAUUCCAGAAGUUGAGCUUUUCAGUGAAAUGAACUUAACAACCACGACUGAAUCUGCAAUCAUUGAUUCGGUAAAAAAACAUCAAUUAAGUAGGAGCGGGAACACCAAUUUGACGAUAAAUACGAUAUCCGAUAUCACAACUACAGCAAAAACAAUACCGUUUUUAAAACCAGAAAUAAUUUCAUCGAUGCCACUAAAAACCGCGACGCCUAUAUUUUACAAUGUUGAAAUCGGCGUCAGUACAAAAACAGACGAAGAGACGAUAAAAAAAUAUGUGACGAUAAACGAAUUUUCUGAAUUUUCCAAAAAAGAUUAUCCAAAUAUGACUAUUUCAUCUACAAAUAAUGUAAAUAGAGUUGCUACGAACCGUAAUAACACAAUAUCUUCCCCUUUCACUCAAUACAGAAUGACGUCUUCAAAAGGCACAAAUAAUUCAAUUAGUAAUUUAAACCCGGAAGAAUCAGAAGUAGAAAGAAGAAAGGACUUGCUGGAUUCAUAUUCUGUUUCCCUUGACGAACUGGAACGUAAAUUUUACUCUAUAACGUUUAAUAAAUUGAAAUCAAUCAGUCCAGAGGGCCGUCGGGAGAACGGCAUUAGUUUUGUUCAGUCGGGGUUGUUCCUGAGUCUGCAACUCAUGGCUUUCUCCACGGAGACCGAUGAGAAUACCACUGCUGAGAUCGACCAGUGCCUUGGACUUAAUAUCACUAAAUCGGACAAAAUAAACAUCAUUAAAGACGUAUUGUCUGAUAUGCCCAAGUCUAAUUUCGACCUGAAGUGGCGGUGGUCGUCCCGGCUGGUCCUAGGUGCUGAACAGAACGUCAGCGAGGAUUUUAGAAGCGGGGCAGCUUCAGCUUUACAGUUAUUCUUAGGGAAAUUCCAUGGGAACGAAACGGACAAGAUACUUGCCCAAACUCUUAACCAUAUGGUGGAAGAAGAUUCAGGCGGUGCGAUUCGGGACACGUUCGACCCCGAGGAGUUAUCGGACGGAGUCCGCGCCGUGGCCUUGACGACUUUAUACAUGCGCGGGCGCUGGCGGUCUGCCCCCACUGUGCUCAACGGGUCUCGGCCGUUCCGAGACGCCGACGGAUCGCCACCGCGCACCGUGCGAAUGAUCCGGCUUAACGACUACGUGCGGUAUGCCAACUUUGAGGACUGGAAGUUUCAGGCCAUAGAGAUCUUCUACGCGACUCGGGGGCUGUCGCUUUUGAUGUUGGUUCCGGACGGGCGCUCUCUGCGGGGGUUGGCCGACCGCCUCGAGACCCUCAGCAUAGCAGAUAUCUCCAAGAGGAUGAUCUCCAUGCGUAUAGCUGUAACUAUGCCGCUGUAUACGCUGCGCAUGACGCUCCUGCUGCCAUCCAAAUUUAAGGCUCUCGGAGUUGAUCAGCUGGUUAGCGAUAAGAAUACCACAGAUAGUGGUAGUUUGAAGCUUUCUCAUGGCGUCCAGCGACUGAUGUUCUGGGCCGAAGCAGGACGGAACGCUUUCAAAGAUGACGGUAUAGAAUGGGAUGCAGAGCCUGAGAUGGAGUUGGUCGUGGACAGACCGUAUUUGUUCUUUGUGCGGUGGCACAAAACUACGCUUAUGAGCGGUAAUUUUGUUCUGUAAAAGUGAAUCUUAUUCUUUUGUAAUAAGUCACAACUAGCCAAUAUUGUACCUACUGGUAUAGUGGUAUGCAUGAACAGUUGUGAUUUUGGUGUGAAUAUGUACAUAUACCUACAGCAAAUGUGUAUGGAAAGAAAAGAAAGAAUAGUGAAAAACUUUUAUUAUAAAUACAGCCGUUGUAUUAGAAAAGUGAAAAACAAAAUAUUUUCAAAGGCAAAGUACUGACUAUUAUUUUGUAGUUUUAUAUUUUUUAUGAAAUCGUGUGACUUGACCUAUUUUUACUAAAUUUAUAUGUUGUUUUAAAUUUUUUAUUACUGAAUAUGGAUUAGUAAAAUAAUAAUUUUAUAGGAAUUAAUUUACCUACGUACGAUAAUGUUAGUUAAUGUUAAACAUAUUAUUGAAAUUAAAAAUAAUAAAUUAUUUACGGAAUAGUUUCUCGGAUCUCCUAGUUAAAAUAUGAUUAAUAAAAUAUUGUUAUUUAAUCUAGUUGACUUCUCGUUUCCUUGUUUCAAAGGAUCUCUAAAUAAUUUAUCGAUAGAUUUGUAUUGUUGUUUGUAUUGUUCAUGUUUUAAUUUAGAUUUUUUAAUUUAUAAAAUAAAUUAUAAUUUAUAUCAAUUAACUGGAUUUAGUUAUUUAUUUUUUUAACAUUAAGAGUUGCAUCUCAAACUAUAUACUUUGAAAAUUAUAAAUAACUUGAAAAAAUCGAACUGCCUAAGGCAAUUUUUUUUCAAGUUAUUUAUAAUUUUCAAAUAAGUAGAUUUACUUUAAAAAACCUUACAUUUACAGGUCAUAUUCGCCUGUAAAUAUUUUGAAUGUAAAUGAAAUUGCACGGUACCGAAACCUGAUUAUGCCACCUCUAAGGUUUUUAUUACACGGAACAAUUAAUUAGUUGGAUUGUACAAUGAGUCAGCCAAUCACAAUUUUCAUAGUCUAUGGUAGGUAAGUAAUUGAAUUUUUGAAUUAAUUUCGGUUCUUGGAUAUUCCUGAAAUUACGUAGUAGCAUAGUACUGCUAAGUAGGUACACAUGUGAUCCAAAUCAUAUUGAAAUAGGUCUUUAAGCUAAUAUCUCAGUAUUUUGCCCAUUCUGUAUUUUAAUUAACUAAAUAAUCUAAUAUCCCUUAAUUAAGUAUAGGCUAAAUGUAAAUAAAACAAUGGCAAUUAAUAUUUACAA